ACGAUUCGGUAUUGUGAUCGAAACGGAUCGCAACAGUUAACCGUUCCAAACUUAUUCGCGGUAAAAGAAAUCUAAAGGAAAUAACAACUUCUAGUUUUAUCAGUUUUGAUCAGUGUGAUAAUCAUGGUCGAUCAAGAGGAACUCGAUCGUUGUUACGAUUAUGUUUUGAAGCUUACGAUCGAAUCAGGAAAGGUAAUACGAGAGGCCAUUGAUAUUUCCAAUAAAAAAAUCGAAACUAAAGUUGCCGAUUGGGAUCUAGUGACACAGUAUGAUAAGAAGGUCGAAGAAAUUUUAAUCAAUAAUCUUAUGAAGGAAUUUCCUAAUCACAAAUUUAUCGGUGAGGAAACAGUUUCAAAAACAAAAUGCCUACCAGAACUGACAAAUACACCAACAUGGAUCAUAGAUCCGAUCGAUGGAACUACCAACUUCGUUCAUGCUUUUCCCUUCACUUGCAUAUCGAUUGCUUUGUCAGUAAACAAAGAACUCCAACUGGGUAUUGUAUAUAAUCCAAUAUUGGAACAAUUGUUUACUGCUAGAAAAGGUUGUGGUGCAUUUCUGAAUGGGAAACCCAUAAAAACUUCGAAGGUUCCAGAUUUGGAACAUUCUUUGCUAUGUUUGGAAGCUUCAUUUGCAGCAAUAGAGAAUAUCAGAGAUAUCAUAUUGGGUAGAUUGGAAGCAUUUGUUUCGGUAGCUCAUGGAAUAAGAACAAUGGGUUCAGCAGCUUUGACACUUUGCUAUAUAGCAAUGGGUGCUGCAGAAGCUUAUCAUUCGGAUAAUUUAAUGCCUUGGGAUGUAGCAGCUGGUGUGAUAAUAAUUCAAGAAGCUGGUGGUGCAGUCAUUGACACAAAUGGUGGAGAAUUCAACGUAAUGUCGCCAAAAGUAAUUGCAGUUGGCAAUCCAAAAUUAGGAUACGAUUUAGUUAAACUGAUCCAGCAAGCAGAUUCCAAGACUCAUCAAAGAAGAUCAGUGUUAAAAAAUGCAACGUAAUACUUUCAAAGUUACCUUCUCGAAAGAGUAAGAUAAUAAAAUUAUCACCUUUUCUUAAACAACGAUAAUUGUAAGAACGACUGCUAUCUUACCAAAGUCCUACCAGUUUCGAAGGAACAGCGGGAUUGUUCUGUUCGUCUGUUAAGUGUGUUGUUAUAGUAUUAAAAACAAAUUUUUAUUUAAUAAAACAUAGGUUUCAGUGUAUACAGUAGAACCUCGAUUAUCUACUAAUAGAAAAAGAAAAGUAUUCAAACAAUAAAAAUUUUGAAUAAUUAAA